AUGGCCCAUAAUGGCACGGCAGUUUUGGCUCCAGGAGUGAUGAGAGCCCGCUUAGUCUUGGUGUUUGCAGCUCACCAUGUUCAUCGAAGGCUAUGCAACACGCGUUCUGCGCAGCGAUUUAUCCAUUCUCGCUUGCCACCACCCUUGCCGCUAUUGAUCCAGCCGUAUGUCUUAUUCCACUCCGUCUUCGUCUUCCUUCUCUGUGAAUCUCUUGUACGUGUAUGGCACUUGAUGCAGGCAAGCAACUGGCUUGAUCCGUCAAGUUUCCGAUGUGGCGUGCGGCGAGAAGAAGGAGCGAUCUUCAGCCCAUUGCGAUGGAUGGCGCUCGCCUGCCCGCCUGUCACGAUUGUGACCUCUCUUGUGACACUUCGCCAUCUGUGGCGACACCACGUUGCUAAUGAACGAACUUUCGACAAGAGUCUGCGCUGGUACCCUUCGCACUCGCAUGACCUAGCCAUGCAAGUUGCCACCAUGCCGCUGAUUUAUGGUGUCUUUGCGCUGGACUGCGUGAUUCAAAUGCUGCUGCUGCUGACCGGAAGCGUCUUCCGGGAUUUCAAAGGCAUAGAUGUCUCCAAAGAUCAACUCCGCCACCUGACGCAGGAGCGCUAUGGCACGAAUUUGGAGCUGGCAGACUUGUAUGAAGCUUGGGCGCUUUACAACUUUGGUCGCCUCUGCCUCAUGCGAGUGCGGCGGCAGAUCCGCCAGGAGAUUCCUCUGCUGCGGCGGUCCUUGACCAUGCCAGAGAGCGAGCAUGCCAAGUUGCUAAUCUUCCGCGAUCCCGAGCGUUUCCUCUUCCGGCCCCUAGAGGUGACGACAGGGAUCGGUGUCAAGAUCUUUGUGUACACAUGCGCAGUCAAAUCUCUGUUUGCGUUGACAAUUACCUUUUUUGCUGAUGCACCCUUUCACAUCAACUUGAGCGAAGCAGUGCCGUGGGCCUUGCAGCUGCUCCCACACAUGGACGGUGCAGCCUUCAUGACAUCGACGAUAGCGAUCUUGAGCUUAAUUGCCAUCGAGCAUGGCUUCCACGAGAUCUUGCAGCUGCAGGGCUUUGCUCCGGUUCUCAAGUUCCUCGGGGUCAAGGCCCUGGUGACCAUCACGUGUUUGCAAACCUUGGUCAUGGGCCUCGUGAUGCAAAGGGGACUGUUGCGGUCCGACGAAGCGAGCCUUUGCUAUGCCUGCCUCCUCUGCUUCGAGGUCCUGCCUUUGGCCCUGUUGACCGCUGAAGCUUGGAAACCCCGUUACUCCGGUGAUUGGUACGAUGCCGACUGUGGCUGGGGCGAAGGCAAUGGACACCUGGGACGCCUUGCAGGGGAAGGCGAUUGGGCCGAGUCCUAUGCUGUCUUGCCCGGCGCCAGACUUUCAGCUGCUGUCUCGCGGGCAUCCUUCAUUCGCCAAGAGGACUCCAAGGUCGAAGAGAUCGGGUCCUCAGAGCUCGUGCGCUGGAACUCCUUUUGCGAGCUCAAGCGUGUUUGGUGA